UUUUACGAAAAGAAAAUUUUAUUUUUGUCGUCUAAAACCUCGAAAUACUGUGAUUGAAGGGGGAAUAUAUAAACAUUUGGCGUCGCUUAUGAAACCUAGUUCACACUCUGUUGAUAUCACUCCAUAAUAAUCAGUUGUCUUUUACAAAGAGUUUGUUAUCAUUAGCAAACAAUGGCGAUGCAAGUAGAGAGGCAGACUGCAAGUGCAGAAGUUGAAGCAGAAGAAGGGUUUGGACCCCAACCUCUUGAAAGAUUGGAGGCUCAUGGUAUCAGUGCAAACGAUGUAAAGAAGAUGGUAGAAGCUGGUUUCUGUACAGUUGAAUCGGUCGCAUUUGCUCCAAAGAAACAACUUCUGGCUAUCAAGGGCAUAAGUGAGGCAAAGGCUGAUAAAGUGAUUGCUGAAGCAGCUAAACUUGUUCCCAUGGGUUUUACAACUGCCACAGAAUUCCAUCAGAAACGAUCGGAGAUCAUACAGCUCACAACUGGAUCCAAGGAAUUAGACAAACUUCUACAAGGUGGAAUAGAGACAGGGUCCAUUACAGAAAUGUUUGGAGAAUUCAGGACGGGAAAGACGCAGCUUUGUCAUACUCUGGCGGUCACAUGCCAGCUGCCAAUCGAUGUCGGAGGUGGCGAGGGGAAAUGUCUCUACAUUGAUUCUGAAGGCACGUUUAGGCCGGAGAGGCUGUUGGCUGUUGCCGAAAGGUAUGGUUUGUCGGGACCAGAUGUAUUGGACAAUGUCGCCUAUGCUAGGGCGUACAACACAGACCACCAGACACAGCUACUUAUGCAGGCAGCUGCCAUGAUGUCAGAAUCCAGAUAUGCGCUACUAAUUGUAGACAGUGCGACUGCUCUAUACAGGACGGAUUAUUCAGGACGAGGUGAACUUUCUGCGAGACAGAUGCACUUGGCGAGGUUUCUUAGGAUGCUACUGAGGCUGGCGGAUGAGUUUGGAGUUGCCGUGGUGAUAACCAAUCAGGUUGUUGCUCAGGUCGACGGUGCUUCCAUGUUUGCGUCCGAUCCCAAGAAACCGAUUGGAGGAAAUAUUAUUGCCCACGCUUCAACAACAAGGUUGUAUUUGAGAAAAGGGCGUGGUGAAACGAGGAUUUGCAAGAUCUACGACUCUCCAUGCUUACCCGAGGCCGAGGCGAUGUUCGCUAUCAAUGCUGAUGGAGUUGGUGACGCAAAAGACUGAGAAACUUUUUCAGAAUCAUGUACAUUUAGGAGUGGACUCGUGUAUUCCAAAGGCAAAGUGGUCCGAUAAGGCUGUGUUGGAUGCACCAUGUUGCAAGGGACUGAAGACAUCCGUGAACAUAGUGAUUUUUUUCUCUGGUUGAAGACACCGCGUCACCACAAACUUUUUCAAGGGAAGAAAACCUGGCUUGCGUUUGACUUGAUUGCUUGAAUAAGCUAUAUAGACCAACUGAAGUUGAGUCACAGCUUGACUGAGUUUUCAUUUCUCAUUGGAUUAUUUUGAACAAUUUGGUAUAAUAUAGAGUAUAUUUUCAGACGUUUGAUUUCAUAAGCUAAUUGUAUUUGUGUUCAUAUGAAUUAUUAAAGAAGAAAGAGGAUACAUGAAUGCAACCAUUUCUCAUGGAUGUGUAUCGUGAUAGUAUUGUGUAUGUAGUAUGAAGAAUUGAAGAACUUGAAUAGGUAUCAGUUUGCCUGUCAGCUGGCAUUGAAGACGCCAUUAUCUUGCUGAUGAGUUUUUAGGCACCCAUUUUGGCAUCUGGUGAAGAGUUGAUAGGGCACAAAGACCAUUUUGGAGGCUGCCAACUGCCAUGGCAGCAGGUAAAUUGAGCCCUGCAGAUCCAUACACACUUGGUUUAGAUAUUUACACACUUUGUUUGUCCAUUUAUAUUUGAAUAAGGGUGAAAUUAAAGUGGCAUUUUUUUGUUUACGGUCUUAAAUAUAAAAUCAAAAACAUUGAGAUUGAUUACACAGUCAUUCUUAUAUUUAUCUUGUUCUAUUUAUAGCUAUUGAAUUGUGUGGAAAAGACAUUAUGUAAAUUGGAUGAAAUCAUUUGACUAUUUGAUUAUUUGCUGUCUGAUUUGCCCCAUUAGAUUUAUCAUACAUGUACAGUAUAUUGUCCACAAUCGAAAAAGUAGUACCUAUCGUAAGUCGGAGUACUUAGCUGAUCAGGACUGUUGGGAGUGGUGCUGCGGAAAUGUCAGUACCUGUCUCCUGUGAGUUGCUGGGUUUGAUCCUGGUCAGUCUUGGUUUUUCUCAUGUAAUAAAGAGGGCGAUACUCUUCGACAGCAUAGGAACGAGGCCUGGGGGUUACUGUAAACCUGUUUGGCAUUGUUUCAGUUUGUAUAUUUGUAUAA